AUGACUGCCUCUCUCGACUCUUCCCGGCCCAUUAUGGCCCCUUCGACCCGUACCUCUGUCCGCUUCAGCACCUACAGCAUGGCGCCCUCCUUCACUCCUACCGUCCAGACCUCCGACUCCGCCCACGCCGAGAUCCGCGACAUCGCCACCGGCCUUGAGCGCAUGGAGAACAAGGCCCUGACCUCCCAGCGCGUCGCCCUCACCGAGGAGAAGACCGACACCAUGAGCAAGCUCGCCCUUGGCGCCAAGCUUGAGCGCGCUCUCGACCGGAGGAUGAGUGGUCAGGACGCCGUUAUGCGACCCCGCGGCAAGAGCUUUAUCAACGAGAAGCUCAGCGAGAAGGCCGAAUAA